AUGAAGGCCUUCUUCCUCCUGUCGCUGUUUGUGGCCGGCGCUCUAGCCGGUGUCGAGGAGGACAUCUGGCUGUCCAAGCAGGUCCGCGUCGAUGGAGGAAACCAAGCCGAUUACAAUGGCCGCAUCGUCGGUGGUUCGGUUGUACCGAUCAGCCAGUUCCCGUACCAGCUGUCGCUUCGUUCGAACGGAGCGCACAUUUGCGGUGCUUCUGUCAUCUCCGGCAACUGGGCUCUGUCCGCUGCUCACUGCACCUUCCCCAUGCCCAACGUCAACUCUAUCUCUUUCCGUGGUGGCAGUGCCAGCCGUACCGCUGGAGGUGUAAUCUUCCAGGCUGCACAGAUCAUCAACCACCCGCAGUACAGCAGCGCUAACCUGAACAACGAUGUGUGUGUCAUCCGUAUCACCACCUCGUUCGUCGGAGCAAACAUCUCCCCGAUCCGCCUGGUCGCCAGUGGAACCAACUUCGCUGCCGGUACGAACAGCGUCGUCUCUGGUUGGGGUCUUACCGCUCCCGGAGGAGCUCUCCCGGUUGAUCUGCGUGCCGUUAACAUUCCGGUCGUUGCCCAGGCUACCUGCAGCUCUGCUUGGGGUGCUGGACGUAUUACUGCCACCAUGGUUUGCGCUGGUGCUCCAGGUCGCGACUCUUGCAACGGUGAUAGCGGUGGCCCGUUGGUCACUGGAGGUGCCCAGUUCGGUAUCGUCUCGUGGGGUGCUGUGCAGUGCGGUGGAAACCUGCCAGGAGUUUACGCCAACGUCGGUAACGCCGGAGUUCGCAGCUUCAUCUCGCAGCAUACCGGAGUUUAA